GUAUCACAUGACUAGCGAGGGAGAGCUUCACGUGCUGGAAGUUGGUCCUCAAGAUGGUCUCUCCAAGUUCCAAUGUCGCACCCUGCACCAGCUGACUGGCAGUAGCCAGUUGUCUCGCACCCCAGCUAGAAUCAUUAUCACAGACGUACAAGGGUCAGUGCCGCCACGGAUGAGUGAACGAGCAGGUCGAGUAGUGGUGCCAGCUGGUGCCAGAGUGACCCUCCCUUGUGUGGCCCAGGGUCACCCUCCCCCCCACUACACGUGGUACAAGGGGUCACGUGCACUAGGUGGCAGCAGUGGGAUGUGGAUGGUGGGCGGGUCACUAGUACUGGGUCGUGUGGGCGUGGAUGACUCUGCCCAGUACACCUGUGUGGCCAAUAACACAGCUGGUGAGACCAGGUACUCUGCCCACCUGCUAGUCACUCUUCCAAUCUCUGUCCAGGUGACACCGCGGGAGGUGCAGGUAGACGCUGGGGGUCGACUGGAGCUCAGGUGUCACGUCUCGGGUGAACCCGUCGACACCGUCACCUGGUAUAAGGACGGCACCGUGCUAAGGUCAGGGGGUCGGGUCACCAUCAGACCCAGAGAGACGCUGCACGUUUCGCCCAUACACGCCUCCGACGCUGGUAUCUACCAGUGUGCUGCCACAUACGCCCAAGACUACGCCCACGCCCACGCCUACGUCACCCUGGGAGCUGCGGCGCCCCAGCUGGUGUACCGCUUCAUCGAGCAGACACUGCAGCCUGGUCCAGCUGUCUCCCUCAAGUGCAUAGCUACUGGCACUCCCACACCCCACAUUACCUGGCUUCUGGAUGGCUUCUCCCUUCCCCCCUCUCACAGGUACGUGAAGGGGCAGUACGUGUCGGCACACGGGGAGGUGAUCAGCCACGUGAACAUCUCUACGGUGCACGUGACGGACGGGGGUACGUACGCGUGCACGGCGGAGAACAGUGCCGGCAGCGUGGUGCACUCAGCACGUCUUAACGUGUACGGCCCCCCGCACGUGCGUCCCAUGGGGCAGGUGUCUGCUGUAGCGGGGGAGACCUUCCUUGUUACGUGCCCCGUCUCCGGCUACCCCGUGCACAAGAUCACCUGGAGAAAAGAUGGGGUGCGGUUGCCCACAACGCACCGUCAGAGGGUCCACGCCAACGGUACACUGGUGGUGGAGCAGGUGACUCGAGGUACUGACGAUGGUCAGUACUCCUGCACCGCCUCCACUAGACAAGGUCUCUCCGACACCCAGCACCUCACAGUCCGUGUCAUGGUGGCUCCGGUAGUUCUGCCUUUCCACUUUGAGGAGAAGCUGCAGGCGGGAGAACGGGCGGGGGCGGCGUGCAUCGUGAGCAAGGGCGACCCACCCAUCACCUUCACCUGGGAGAAGGAUGGCCGCCCAGUCCAGGAAAUAGGCGGAGUCUCCGUGUCUGUCGUGAGUCCAUUCUCCAAUACCCUGAUGAUCAACAGCCUCACGGCCCACCACACCGGAGAGUACACUUGCCGCGUCUCCAACAACUGGGCGGAGGCCUCCUACUCCGCCGCCCUCGCCGUCAAUGGUACGCCCACGGCCACCGACGGCCGCCCACACCACGCAGCUGAACCUUGGACGUCACCACCACUGCCGCCCCGCCUGGCCCCCUUCAGCUUCGCGGUUGGCACCCGGGCAGGGAUGCGUGCCCAGGCUACCUGUCUUGCGCAGGAGGGGGACCAGCCCCUGGCUCACGCCUGGCUCAAGGACGGACAUCCCCUCGACCCCAAUUUGGACGUCCGUACCUCCCAGCUGGACGCCUUCACCUCCAUCCUGGUGAUCGACAGAGCCACCGCCGCCCACACCGGCAACUACACCUGUGCCGCCACCAACGCCGCCCGCACCACCACCAUCACCGCCCGCCUGACCGUCAGCGAGCCUCCAUGGUUCGGGGUGAGGAGUCAGCGUCAUCAGGUGGAAGUUGGAGGUACUGCUUCCCUCACUUGUGAGGCACACGGUGACACUCCCCUGGCCCUCACCUGGACCAGGGGCGGCGCCCCCCUACCACCCAUACCCAGGUACGAGGUAUCAGAGAGGCAGGUGGAGACGGGCCAGGUAUCAGAGUUGGUACUACGAUCUUCACACCUCAGUGACUCUGGUACCUAUGUGUGUACUGCUACCAACACCCACGGCUCCCUCACCGCCGACUUCCACCUCCUGGUGCAAGACGUGCCCGACCCACCCUCGGGGGUGACGGUGGCAGAAGAAGGGUCACGUCACCUCACACUCACCUGGACCAGCCCACAGGACUCCAACGCUCCCAUCACAGCCUAUCUCGUCACCUUCGAUGCCCUACAGGUUCCUGGUGGUGCUCGUGAAGUGACGGUGGAGGGGGAGCAGCAGAAGGUGAGGCUGGAGGGGCUGCUGCCAGCCACCACCUACACGCUGACGCUGGUGGCUGAGAAUCGUGUAGGGAGAAGCCAGCCUUCACCUCCCCUGCGUGUGACUACCCAGGAGGAACCCCCAGCAGCCGCCCCCCAGAGUGUUAAUGUGUUGCCGGUGUCCUCGACGGCGCUACAGGUGUCCUGGGACCCACCACCACACAACCUCACCCACGGUGACGUCCUCGGCUAUUACCUCGGCUUCAAGGACGCCAGCGAGGGUGAGGGUGGGGCGUACAACUUCACAACGGUGGGCGUGGAUGGUGUGGGUGUGACGAGUGCCACCCUGGGAGGUCUACGCCCACACGCCCGCUACGCCGUGGUACUGCAAGCCUUCAACUCCAAGGGCGCCGGUCCAGCCUCCCCGCCCGCCCUCGCCACCACCCUGGAGGACAAGCCGAGUUCCCCACCUGGUCACGUGACUUGUGAGAGUGUGACGUCAUCUAGUGUUGUGGUGACGUGGGCGCCGCCGCCACCUCGUCACAGGAACGGUGUCAUCGUCAACUACCGUGUUUAUUACUCCCAAUCUUCACCACACGAGGGUGGAGGCUCAGGCAGCGUGGUGUCAGAAACACAAAGGGCCACACUGGCAGGACUGUCACCAUGGACCAACUACAGCAUCACUGUAGCAGCUGCCACCCGUGCGGGCGAGGGCGCGCCCGCACACGCUCUCCUCUGUACCACCGACCAGGACGUGCCAGAAGCUCCCGCCCGUGUUAAGGCAGUGGUGUCCGGUCCGCGUGCGGUUGUAGUGUCGUGGGCGCCGCCCGCGCGCCCACAUGGGCGCAUCAGCCGCUACACGGUUCACUGGGAGCCAGCUGGUGGGCGGGGCGGACCCCACAGCCGGAGGGUAGAGCCACACCUGACCCACCUGACCUUGCAUGACCUACCACACACCACACACCAGGUGUGGGUGACGGCGUCCACCAGGAUGGGUGAAGGUCCCACUAGCAGCGUGGCUGUGGUCAAGCCUUCACACACAGGUGUGAUGAUUUACAUGAUACAUGAAUCACAGGGUGAUGAUUACAUGAUACAUGAAUCACAGUUUCCCGCGGGCGUCUGGGCGGUGGGCGGGAAAAGUGACGGCGGCGUGGAAGGAGGACGUGAGUCUGGCGUGUUGGAGCAGUGGGCGUCCCAGAGCCCACCCUCACCUGGACCCCCCCAGAGAACCCCCAUCCCUGACCCCCAUGACAGGUUCCGGGUGCAGCCUGACGGGACGCUGACGUUGGCUGACGUACAGAGGAGUGACAGCGGCCGCUACACCUGCACUGCUGUCAACCAUCACGGCAGUGAUACCGUCACUUACAAUCUCACUGUUCUAGUGCCACCUUCAGCACCAUUACUUCACGUCACAGAGACAACCUCGUCCUCCAUCAGAGUCCAGUGGAGUGUUGAGGACAACGGUGGAGCAGCACUCCAAGGAGCCACCCUCCACUAUAGGUCAGCUGGCGGGGAAUGGUUAAGAGCAGCAGUGGAUGGUGACCAGAGAUCCUUCACUGCCAGAGAUCUCCGUUGUGGCACACUGCAUCACUUCUACCUCACCGCUCACAACCACAUAGGGACGAGUUCAGUGUCGUCGACAGAGGCAGCCCGCACCAAGGGACGACCUCCCGAGGCUCCUCCACAGUUCCAGUUCGUGACGACCAACAGUUCCCAGGCCACUCUGUACCUGGCCCAGUGGGGUGACGGAGGCUGCCCCAUCACUCAUUUUAGCGUCCAGUACCGCAGAGACUCCACCACUCACUGGACCACAGUGGGCAGCGAGGUGCCGCCCAGCCGCACCUUCGCCGUGGGCGGUCUGGAAGCUGGUGGCCGCUACCUGCUGAGAGUCACCGCUCACAACUCUGCAGGAGCCACACCCGCCCAGUACACGGUCACCACGCCCGCCUACGCCAACGCAGGAGGCGCGGGCGCGGGCGUGGGCGGAGCGUGUGGGGCAGUCAGGCUUCCAGCUCCCCCGUGUGGCGUGACCCCGGGUGCUGGUGCCAGGUGCCGUCUCAGGCCUUGCACUCAUCCUCACCCUCACCACAGUCUGUGUCUGCCUCAGGAAACGUCCCUCCAGCACGCCAUCACAGAAGGAACUGCCUGACGCAGUCAUGGACGCUGCCGAGGAGAAGACGUCAGCUAUGCAAGCGAGGGAGGAUGUCUACACCACAGUCAGGAGACCGGCACCAACCCCUCCCCAGCAGCAGCAGCAGCAGCAGCAGACCUGAGGGACAACAACGGAGACUACAGCGAGGAGGAUCUGUACCCCUAUGCUACAGCGACCUUCCAGAUGGGCGGGGGCAGCCCACCGCCCCCCGCCCCGCCCUCACCGCCCACACACGCCCACCAUCCACAACCCCGCGGCCAGAAAGCCU